CCCCUUAUAGAUUUAAAAAGAGGCUGCAUUCUCAGACUGACACUUAUUCAACACUGCCACCUUAAGCAGAUUACUUUUGCGCUGCCUGUGUCAAAUACGUGGUUCACUUUGCCUCUCCAUCAUGUUUGGGAUGCUGAAACACCAUCUUCACCCGGGCAUUUUUCUCUUGUUCAUAUGGCUUUGUCACCUCAUGGAACAUCAAAAAGUUCAAGCUGGGAACUGCUGGUUACAGCAGGGGAAGAACGGGAGGUGCCAGGUGCUCUACAUGCCGGGGAUGAGCAGGGAGGAAUGCUGCCGGAGUGGAAGACUGGGGACGUCCUGGACCGAGGAGGACGUCCCCAACAGCACGCUCUUUAGGUGGAUGAUCUUCAAUGGCGGAGCCCCCAAUUGCAUACCUUGCAAAGGUGGAGAAACCUGCGACAAUGUUGACUGUGGGCCUGGAAAGAGGUGCAAGAUGAACAGGAGAAGUAAGCCGCGCUGCGUGUGCGCGCCAGACUGUUCCAACAUCACCUGGAAAGGCUCAGUCUGCGGAUCAGAUGGGAAGACCUACAAAGACGAAUGCGUGCUGCUGAAGGCAAAAUGCAAAGGCCACCCCGACCUGGACGUGCAGUACCAAGGAAAAUGCAAGAAAACCUGCCGUGACGUCUUGUGCCCCGGCAGCUCCACGUGCGUCGUGGACCAGACAAAUAACGCAUAUUGUGUGACGUGUAAUCGGAUUUGCCCCGAGGUGACGUCGCCUGAGCAGUACCUGUGUGGAAACGACGGGAUCAUCUAUGCCAGCGCUUGUCACCUGAGGAGAGCUACCUGUCUCCUUGGCAGGUCCAUCGGAGUCGCAUAUGAGGGAAAAUGCAUCAAGGCUAAGUCAUGUGAGGACAUCCAGUGCAGCGCGGGGAAGAAGUGUCUGUGGGAUGCUCGGAUGGGCCGAGGGCGCUGCUCGCUGUGUGAUGAGGCCUGUCCGGAGAGUCGGACAGACGAGGCGGUGUGUGCCAGCGACAACACCACAUAUCCCAGCGAAUGUGCCAUGAAGCAAGCUGCUUGUUCUAUGGGGGUGCUGCUGGAAGUCAAGCACUCGGGAUCUUGCAACUCCAUUACAGAAGACCAGGAGGAAGAUGAGGAAGAUGAGGACUCAGACUACAUGGCCUAUUUCCAUUUAUCUUCUAUACUGGAUGGAUAGGCUCCCAUCACUAGGGGAACAGUCCUAGGGCAAGGAAUCAUGUCCAUACUGUACAUUAUGUGUAUGCUUAUUUAUUUUUUAAAGAAAAAGGAAGUAUACAUAUAGUUCAGUCUGCUAGAUGUUUAUUUAUACUUUUUUUGUGUUUUAUAAUUUAUACAUUUACAUUGUCAGGCUAUCAUCUACCAUGAUAUAUUGUGUUACCACUCAUUUCCCCCCCUUUUUUGUUGUUGUCCCUUUUACUUUCUUUUUUUUAUCACGAAGAAAUAUAUUUGUCCAAAGAAAAACAGUGUUAUUUAUUUGUCAUGUUACCAUGUAAGUAUAAGUCCUCUACAAGCUGUAAAUUGCAUUCCCCGAGCUGUAAAAAUCUGCUUGUUUCUGUCAAAUCUCUAUCACAGAUGUUUAUGUCACACAUACGUAAAUGCAUGUUUAGACUGUGUGUUUAUUUAUUGGGAAUAUAUCAAUCAUUUUAUGUACAGAAGUGUUUUCUGGUUUGUUUACAACUAUAAUAACUGACCAAAGGGAUUCUCUCAAUGGUUUUUGCAAAAGAGCAUUGUAAAAGGUGCAACACAGCAGUGAUGAAAUGGAAAAGAAAAAAAAGAGCCAUUUUGUUUUUCUUUUCUUAUUUUGAAGUUUUACUUUUAGCCCUUUAGGUUUGUCUCCACAAGAAGACAACGACUUUAGACGUAAUUCCAUAGCAUCUAUUUUGUCUCACCACAUUAGAGCAGAGGUAAGUUUUGGAUGAUACUUGAUUAUUUUGGAAACAAUGUGCCAUUAACAUUUGUGAGCUGUCUUCUUGCCAAUGUGCUCCAUAUUGCUCUCACAGAGCUAAAAUAGGACUAAUGUACUGCAGUACUCCACACUAUAUCAGUCUUCUUCACUUUGUUUCUCUGUUUGGUUUGUUUCCCUUCUUUUUUUUCCCCUCCUCAGAAUGCAUUUUUAUUUUCAAGCAUCGCAAGAGAAAUACAAAAUUCUGUUAUGAAUAUAUAGUUUUGUAUUUUUUAUGUAAAUGUCAUAUGUACAUACAAAGUUUGAUGGUAUUUGUACAGAUAUGAAGAGUGAAACAAUAAAAGUUUUUUUCCUUAUA